UCACGCCUGCGCAAAGGACCCGACGGCAUGCUGCGUCGUUACUUUUGAAACGAGUGGCGGGGAAGUGUUGUGGAAGUCCCUGCUGUAGCUGUCUGCCGGGUGGAAGCGCGGUCCUUCGUUGUAGGCCUGGCAAUGGCGCUGCAGCUCUCCCGGGAGCAGGGCAUCACCCUGCGCGGCAGCGCCGAAAUCGUGGCUGAGUUCUUCUCAUUUGGUAUCAACAGCAUUUUAUAUCAGCGUGGCAUAUAUCCAUCUGAAACCUUUACUAGAGUGCAGAAAUAUGGACUCACCUUGCUUGUAACAACUGAUCCUGAGCUCAUAAAAUACCUAAAUAAUGUGGUGGAACAACUAAAAGAUUGGUUAUACAAGUGUUCAGUUCAGAAACUGGUGGUAGUCAUCUCAAAUAUUGAGAGUGGUGAAGUCCUUGAAAGGUGGCAAUUUGAUAUUGAGUGUGACAAGACUGCAAAAGAUGACAGUGCACCCAGAGAAAAGUCUCAGAAAGCUAUCCAAGAUGAAAUCCGUUCAGUGAUCAGACAGAUCACAGCUACAGUGACAUUUCUGCCACUGUUGGAAGUUUCUUGUUCAUUUGAUCUACUGAUUUAUACAGACAAAGACUUGGUUGUACCUGAAAAAUGGGAAGAAUCGGGACCACAGUUUAUUACCAAUUCUGAGGAAGUCCGUCUUCGUUCAUUUACUACUACGAUCCACAAAGUAAAUAGCACAGUGGCCUACAAAAUUCCUGUCAAUGACUGAGGAUAAGGACUGUGAUGUACUUGUAAUUCUCAGAUGUGGUUUUCCUGGAACCAAGUCAACUAUAGGUGAUACGUUUUGUUUCAUUGGUUAACUUUUAGAUGGGGAAAACUUAACAUUAUGCUUUCACUGAACUGUGCAUAAUUGUUCCAUUUUUUGGUACCUGUAUGACUUUAUACAGGGUUGACCUACAUUAUUGCACACUAUUCAAAAGGGGACUAGGAGAUUAUAUCAUCAUUGUUAUGUCAAUUCCUUUGAGAGUGGUAACCAUAGAUGGCAAACUUUUGUUAUAAAGCUAAAUGCCUUCUUAAAUCAGACCUUUUUUGGUCAAGUACCUUGACUCAGAAUAUAGGUAGGGAAAUGUUUAAAUAUAAAAUAUAGCAAAAUAAGUCUGAAUAUUCAAAGUCUUUGUUUAGAUUCUGAAAUUACCCAAUAAGAAUCUGUAAGUAAUGAAAUAUUGCUCCUAUUAGGUCCUUUUGCCAUUUAUUUCAUUUGUAUAGUUUCCAUAUUGAAAACAUUUCCAAUUAUUUGAUUUUAAUUUAUAUAACCUGAGCCUACAAAGGUAUGAAUAUUUCUACUUCAAAUUCCUAUGAUACAGAACUCUUAAAAAGUUUUUUUUUUUAUGGUUUAUAAAAUCAAGCUUUAAAUGAUGAAAUAAAUGUGUACGUUUUAAA